AUAAUGAAGAUAAGUUGUGCAUUGUGGGAACGUGCUUAGAUAUGUGUCCCCUCGAAGAAGUAACUUUGCGGAAGGAGGAGAAGUUGGUGCAUGUUCUUGAAUUGACUGAUGAGGGAUACAAAUUGGUGAAAUGUUACUCCAGAUCAGCUGCUAGUGCAAACAUGGCAGUACCUCGUCUUUUACGGCCUUACUCGGUGCUUUACGCUACUGUGCAAUAUUUAUUGCUUGAGGUAUCAAAUAGAACAGAUGUAAAGAUGUCGGUUAAAUAUGACUUUUUGAAUGAUCGCCUGAGAGCAGUAAGGCAGGAUAUGACUAUACAGAGGCUUCGACCGCAAGAGUGUCUUGUUCUACUGGAACCUAUGAUUAGGUUCCAUGUUUUCUAUGCUUAUAGAUUAUGUGAUUAUCCAUUGAAUGAGUAUGACCCAGUGCUCAAUAAGAAAUACUUGUUAGAAUGUAUGAAAUGGUUCUUAAGCUGUUGUGACAUUAUUGAUCGCAAAGCUGAAAAGAAUGAUGUCGACUCGUUAAUUGAUGACCUAUCAAAACUAAAUGUUAAUAAAGGAAAACACGGGGUAUUGUACUGUGAUAGAAUAUUAGUUGAGAGUUUAUAUAUUUUGUGUAAUUUAGAUGACAUACAUCCGAUAUAUAGGUAUUUAAAUUUACCGAAACAAAUAAAAAGAACAUCUAUAUUGAAAUUGACGUAUGAUAUGGCAAUAGCUAAUCUUCACGGAAAUUAUGUUAGAAUGUGGAAACUCGCGAAACAACUCUGUCCUCUAACCUUCAGCGCUCUCUGCUUAUAUCUGCCAAAAUUGCAGAAGAGAUCUCUACAAGUCUUGAGUAGCGCAUACAACAGUAAGCAGCUGACAGUUCCUGUAAAAGUAGUGCAGCAGUGGUUAGCUUUUAAUAGUGAGGAAGAAGUACGGGAAACAUGCGUGUACUACGGUCUGAAAGCCACCGAAGGAGUUAACUUUAAUAAGAGCUGUCUCAAACUUGAUGUCAAUGAGCUCCUACCGAGAAAACAUUAUCAAGCAAAAAUAUUACAUUUGAAGUUGGAAGAUGUUCUGUCAUAUACUUUAUAACAUAAAUAAAAUAAAUGUAAAAACUGAUCUCAAUGUUAUGGUUCUAAUUAAAGCAAUAAUGAAAUAAAACAAACAUUUAUAAAGGAA